GCUCCGCGAGCUCCACAAGGACGGGCUGUACCACCGCGAUGAUGGAGAGCAGGGGGCGGGGGGAGUCAGCGAGUGAAACCUGGAUUUUUCUGGCGAUAUUCACGAAACUGUAACUCUAGUCCCCGGACGUAAACCAGAACAAAAUAGGAUCACUGAUGUUUCUAAAGAAGGUUGGUAGACUAAAAGGGGUUUAAGCCGUCAGCCGUUCUGUUUAUAAGUUUCUUUCUCCCCCCCAUUUCCAAACUCCGAGGCUCCAUCUUGCCUUUUGAUUGACCGCAACAUAUAUGUUUUUUUUUCUGGGUGCUGAAUUUUUUUUCCCCCCUCUGCUGGAAAGAAAUACAGCAACAGUGGAAGAAGGCAGGGAAAGAAAAAGGCUCGGCGGAAAAUAAAAAGCGGUGACAGAGAAAGUGCCGAAACAGGAGCUCCGCGGGGAAAAGUGGGGGAACAGGUUGGGAAAAAAAGAGCAAGAAGAAACUGAGCAAGUGGGGAAGGAGACUUUGCCAUAGAUAUAUUUAGAUAUUUUUCUUUUUGGAGUCCGUUCAUUUUAUUGACAGCGAGCUUCGAAUUAAAAGGAGGAGCCACCAUGACAUCAGAAAUGCAGGAAAUUGCCAUCACAGAGGAGAAGCCUUUACUCACGGGUCAGGCUGAUGGUGCCAAGGAUGUUGCUGAACUGGCUGCAAGAAUACUGCUAGAUCAAGGACAGGAGCACAGCGUUGAGACCCCGCACGGCAUCCUACGCGUGACCCUCCAUGGGACGCGGACCACCCGCCGGCCCGCCAUCCUGACCUUCCAUGACGUGGGUCUGGACAGUAAGAGCUGCUUCUCUCCUCUGUUUAAAUUUGACGAGAUGCAGGAGAUCGUCAAGAACUUCACCCUGAUUCACAUCGACGCUCCGGGCCAAGAGGAGGGGGCCUCUGCCUACCCUCCCGGCUACCAGUACCCCUCCAUGGAGACCAUCGCCGAGAUGAUCCCCGCUGUGCUGCAGUUUUUCAACUUCCGUACCGUCAUUGGAGUGGGGGUGGGAGCGGGAGCGUACAUCCUCUCCAAGUUCACACUCGCUAACCCAGAUUCAGUGGAGGGCCUGGUUCUGGUUAACAUCGACACUAACGCUAAAGGAUGGAUGGACUGGGCCGCUCACAAGCUCAGUUCUGUGACUUCCUCCCUCACAGAGCAGAUCCUAUGUCACCUUUUCAGUCAGGAGGAGCUUUCAGCAAACACAGACUUGGUGCAGUCUCACAGAGAGCGGAUCUCCAAAGCGCCUAAUCUGGCCAACAUGGAGCUCUUCUGGAAGACGUACAACAGCCGCAGAGAUCUGAACCUGGACCGCAACUAUACCUUCAAGUGUCCAGUGAUGUUGGUAGUUGGGGAUCAAGCUCCGUACGAAGAUGCGGCUGUGGAGUGCAACAGCAAGCUGGACCCCACAUCAACGUCCUUCCUGAAGAUGGCCGACGCAGGCGGCCUCCCUCAGCUCACUCAGCCCGCUAAACUCACGGAGGCUUUCAAAUAUUUCAUCCAAGGAAUGGGUUAUAUGGCUUCCUCUUGCAUGACCCGCCUGUCCCGCUCCCGCACCACCUCGCUCUCCUCCUCCUACUCCAUGGACGGGUCCCGCUCUCGCUCGCGCACCCUGUCCCAGGGCUCGCAGGGGGGGCAGAUGCCGCCCAGCCCCUCCCAGACCAUGGAGGUCUCCUGCUGAAGACGACUCCCCACCCCCCUCCUUCCGCCACCCCGCGACGGCGAGAGCGGAGAGCGACAGAGGAACGAAGGGCAAAAAGGUGAACGCAAAGGAAACGAGACGAACGAACGGCUUUCUCUAUCGGUCAAAACACGACCCCCACCACCCCUCUACCCCCCUCGAGAGCAGACAGAGAGAGAGAGAGAGACGGCCUGACCUCCAUGUUGGUCCAGCGCAGAUGCAGCUUUUCAGCUAGAAUAGAUUAAAAAGAACCAGGAAGGAGGUGCAGAACGGGAAGCAGUCCUCUCUCCCUCUGUCAGCCUGUAGACCCCCAUAACCUAGAUCCAGAGUGCAGCAUGUAGAAGCUGCACUCAACACCUCGACCCGUAGAAACGCGCCAAGAAGCAGAAUUGAUGAUGAUGAUGAUGAUGAUGCUGAAGCUAAUGAUGAUGUAAUAGGAAACAAAACUGUAACACUUUUCUCUUUAUUACAUGAUUUUAAUAUAAUAUAGAAUAAAAAAAACAUACUAUAGCAGAGAUACUUAUUACAAUGUGUGUGUCCACAACUUUUACUGCUAGUUUCUAAUGUGUGUUUUUUUUUUUUUUUCUGAUUUGUAACCUGUCUCAACUAAAGGCUGGAGCCACUCUACCAACUACAUGUGCGUCUCAAAAAAAAGAAAAAAGAAAAAAACAUUUAACAUAAUUCAAAAAUGGAUUUAUUUCGGUUUUGUUCAAAAACUGAAACUAUAUAUAUAUAUAUAUAUAUAUAUAUAUAUAUAUAUAUAUAUAUAUAUAAUGAGGCAUUAAAUUUCAGUUUUGUAUUUCAAGCCCUCAAUGGUUGCGGCUCGCAGUUGAUGAAAACAUAAAAUUAUAUUUCUUAGAAAAUGAAAGCUUUACACAAGACCAAUAUAUUAUAUAGAUUAAUAUUAGCUCUGUUCUCUGCAUGUCUUUUACAAAAUGAGCUUUUCUUUCAAAUCCUCUCACUGCUGCUCACAUUUUUCCUGUCCACAUGAUGUUCCGUCAGUUCGUACAGACGCUGCACUUUAUCACCGUUAUUUUUAAGAAUUGCUUCUUUAUGGAUAUCUCGGUGAAAAACUGGGCAACGAUCAUGAUUAGGUCUUUCAUUAUAUGGGUAAAAAUGCAACGAUUCUGUAUUAAAAAUGGAUUUUUAUUGGUCUUGUGUACGAGUUUUCUGGGGAACAUAAUUUUGGGGUUUUUCAUUGGCUGUAGGCCUUAAUCAGCAGAAACAAACAUUUGAAAUAUAUUACUGUAUAUGUAAUGAGUGUGUAUGAUCAGUUUCAGGUUUUGAAUUGACAAAAAUAAAUUCAUUUUUUAAUGGUU